AUGAACGCGUCUUGUGCGUUACAACACUUCUGCGAUCUACAUGGACCACAAAUUUUACUAUGUACAGAAGCACGAACUUAUAUUCAAGGUGACAAUGACGACGAGGAUUUGAAGGCAUUCUACUCUCAAUACGUCAAAUCAGAAAAUCCUCAAGGGAAAGUUGAAUGCAAGUCAUGUACAUUAUCACCCGAACAUACCCUUGUGUCAACAAUCGAUUUGAGUAAUCAUAUGUUAUAUAUUUCAUCGCCUUCAACACCAAAUCAAGAUCUAUUCAAGAACAUUCGAAAUGCUUGUGUACGAAGUUUAAAUAUUGAGAAAUCCGUGGAAGUCGAUGCUCCAGUCAUCUUUGGUGAUCCCGAAAAUGGCUAUUGUUUAUCAUUAGCGUUCUCCUGUAAAGACUUUCACGCUCGUGGGAGUCAGCGUCUUUACUCGCUAUGCUAUCUUUGUCCGGAUAAAUAUCAUCUGAUUUCCUUAAUGAAAGUUCUUACUGAUUGCCUGCGACAAGCUGUUCGCUGGAUACAAUUCGAUGCCAACGAAACCUAUGAACAGGAAGGACGCAUCAAAGUGAAUACAAAUCUGAAUGGGACGUCAACGACAAGUAAAGCGACCUAUAUCUUUCGUCCACCACCUCGUACACCUUCACAACGAAUGCUUAGUGAUAUUGUACGUGAUACGAAGAUCACACAUCGUAUUCACGCUUUAUUUGUUUGGUUGUUACGGACGGCUAGUUCAGCAAUCAAUGAAUCGCUUUUCGAUGCAUUGCCCACUGAAGAACAAACCACAAAACAGGAACGAAGAGAUGUGUACGAUAACGAAAGUUUGUCCAAUUCAAUGACAAAACGUCGAACAACUACAAUCACAGCCGCAUCUAUGACAGCUCGAACUCAAGAAUCGUAUCUCAUGUCAUCAACAUUAACUAAUCAUACACAUCAUCCAAGUUACCUAUCGACAUCUUUAUAUUCCUCAGCGGACCAUACUUCGCGAACUGAAAACGGCUUCUUUGAUGAUUAUGAUGAUGAUUUCGAUUCUCUACAGUAUCAGUUCUCUUCGUAUGGUUAUGAAGCGUUCAAAUUAUUUGAAUUGUUUACCAAGAAGUUGAAUAAUGUCAAAUAUCUACAACACAUUCUUCAUAAUUGGGUUAUUGGAAAUCGAAUCAUUCUCAAAUAUACAAAUAGAACCGAUGGCAAAGAUCCUAUUCGUGCACUAGCAAGUGUUUUUCGAUUAUUUUUACCAGACGGUUGUUUCAAUCUAAUCGAAGCAACGGAUAAAAUAUCAUCGUGCACAGCAAAUCUGAUUUUAUACGACACAGAUUUAGUUUUAGACAAUGAAGCGUCGUCCUUGAUGGAUGAUACAAACGAUAACAAUUCGAUCAUUAUUAAACUUCUGCUUGACGAUAUCGAUGAUAAUCUUCGCGUUGUAAAACUAGAAACUCUACCGUCAGCAAGAUCAGAAGUUCCAAUACCAACUUACGUGAAAACAAUCACAGAUUUAUUUACAGAUAGUAGUUUGAAUGAGGAAGCUUUUGAAUCGAUUAUUACACAGCAUAAGAUCAAAUAUCUAAAUAAAGCAAAACUUUACUUUCAACUUGGCCGUUGUCCUACAGCAUCAGCGUUGUCGACCAAUGAUCAUCAGCAAAUGACGAUCUUCAAUGUGGAAAAUUCGAGCGACUUGAAAUUGAUACGCUUUUGGCAAAAAGGUCUUUCUCAAACCUAUCGAAAGCAAAUACGUCUCUUGAAACAAGAUCAUAAUCAACAACAAAGACUAUAA